AUGAUCCCUGCAGGUGCAUAUAUCGAUCUUGAAAGUAUAAAACAUAUCCAAACUCAUACAUGUGCAGAGGCAUCAUUCGACAUUGAGGCUUCAAGAGAGAAAUCAGAAAAUACACCAUUUUAUAUAUGUUCAAAACGAGGAUUAAGAAAGAAUUUCGUUUAUAGCGAGUAUUUUGAGCUACCAAUACAUCUGCGUUAUCAUGCUGCUACCGGGAAAGAUGCUACAGUUACAAUAUCGGCUCCACAAUUGCUUUUGAGAUGUUUGGAAAAUUCAACUUUCCUAACCAACCACUGCAAGAAGUAUUUAGUCAAGGCAUCUUGUGAUUGUUCAAACGAAUCACGCUGCGAUUGGUUAAUGAUACCAUUCUUGAAAUACAAUGAAGUACAGUUCAAAAUACCAACUGGAAAUGUAUCUUCACUAAAACUCGUUUUAUUUGUUACUGUUUUCGUUGUUAUUUGCUGUGCUAUAACAAUAGUUAUUGCUACAAUCAAAAAUGACGUGAAAAUGAAAGUCAAAUAA